AUGGCAUUCAUUAAUGACAAACUGGUGACAGUGGGCCGGAUAUACUGGGUCUACCUCGUCGGCAUAUCCCCUGUCGAGCGGAGACUCAAGCGAAUCUACCGCGCAAUCAUCUCGACGCUGGUCGAAUCGGCAGCCGUGUACUCUGCGUGUAUCCUCGUGUUCCUCCUCUGGAGUCAGUAUGCAUCGCAAUCGGCUUACUGGGCCAUUAUGCCGACGUUGAUGAUUGUCCAAGUGGGUUUGAGCGGGAGGUGCUGUCAUCCUCGAGGACAUGACUCGAAGCACGACUCGGUCAUCCUCGAUACCGUCAUUUCACAACGGAGGGAUCAAGAUCAUGAUAUAGAAAGUGGAAUGCACGUCGAAGAGAGGGGCCUGCCAGAACUAUCUAUGGACCUUGGACAUAGCAACCACGAACGGAAAGGGGAGGAAGUGACUUCCAUGGACGAGAAGAGGAGCUCCAGUUCGCCGUCGAUAUCAGGACAGCAGCGGCAAUAG